CAGCCAGAGCUUGAAUGCCCAUGACAAACCCCAAGCUGGAAGACAUGUGGAAGGAAAUCAAGGCUCUCAAUGAUGAGGACUUGAGCGCCUUAGCUCUCCUAAUUCAAGAGGAGCAUCAAGCGCGGCAACGUCCUGAGAUCCAGGUCCAUUUCCAAGGGAUCAGUGGGGAACUCAUUGAGAGCCGCAAAUUCAAAGCUUCUACGUCGACCAUGGAUUUGAAGCUGGCGAUACUUCCAACCCUGCAGCUGCGUGGGGCCGGCAUGGCUAUUUCGCUGCAGAGUUUUGACUUGAUCUGCCAGGAGCGUAUCUUGAAGCCUUCUGACUUGUUGGCUUCUUUGGGAGAUGGCAACCAAAUCAUCCAAGUCGUGAUGCGACGUGAUCCCAUUCGACUCACACAGAAACUGAAAUGGCCGAAUAUUUGGAGAGCGAGACGAAAGAGCGAUCCUCCCUUGUCUCCGGAGUUCUUUGUGAUCAAGUCCAGCCACAAUGUGGUGAUCAACGAUGAGAAGCUCUUUCAGACGGAGGAUUCACAGCUAUGGCGAGAGAUCCAACCUGCUGGAAGUCUUUGGCAGGCGAUUCUGACAUCGGAGUUGUCCACUCGGCCAGCUGGCUCAACGCUGACGCUGGUGAACUCGGUGAACUCGGUGAACUCUGCAUUGGAUGUAUCCUUGUUUGCCGACAUGAUGGAUACAGGACGGAUCUACCUUAUGAUUGAGGAGGAUGGGAUUUGGGACGCCUUGCAGCCCUGGUCCAACACUCGGCCCUGGUCCGACACGAGCCCCGAGCCGCUGGACGUUCUGGUGGCGUCGGUGACGGAGACCAAGGAGGUUUUGCCCCUGGUGGCACGCUUUAGGCAGUAUCUUCACGAGAAUUCCAGGGUGAUUUUAGCUACCACCGCAGUGCGUGUUGAAUUUCCAGAGGUCUUCUUCAACGAGUGCGUCAAGGAGUUGCGUAGCGCGGGGCUAAAACCUUUGGAAAUGCUGACUUUGGAACCCCACUUUAGUGGCAGUGCUGUCAUUGUAGCAGAGAACGAGAAGAGACCUGCAGGAUCGAUGUGAGUGCCGGGUUCACGUUUUCACCACUCGCAGGUCUGGAAAAA